CCACGACACCUUGCCUAGGUACUCCGUAGUUACUAGUAGUAUCAUAACCAAGAUAUCUACCUACAUGCCUUGGGUAUAUAGUCUGACAAUCUCCCAGGACCUUUGAACGUUCAACAAGCCCUCCCUUAAAUCACAUGGUUUCGUUUCCAUUUAUCCAUCCCCAGAGUCUCUACUCUCAACUCACUUUCAAGUCACUAUUUCCCUCCUCUUCCUCCUCCAACCCACCUGCUCAUUCCACUCUCUGCUGGCCGACUCUACGCAACAAUGGCGCGAAUGAAAGCACUCAUCAAGAAACUAGAAGUCCCUUACGAGGGCGAGACAACGCCGGAUCGAUGGAUCAACAACGACAUCAAACCCAUCGAAAAGGGCCGACGAACAUGGACUUUCUGGACGUUUCACAACCUAUGGGUCUUGACCAACACCAACAUUUCAACCUAUAUGACUGGAAGCUCUCUCAUCGCGCUGGGCUUGACGUGGUGGCAAGCCAUCAUUGCCAUCAUCGUCGGCGCCUGUCUCUCGACACUGUUUAUUGUCUUGAACUCGAUGCCGGGAGCAUACUACCAUCUUGGGUUUCCUAUCGCGAACAGAUAUGUCUGGGGUCUCUACGGCAGCAGCUUCGUCAUCUACAACCGCAUCCUCCUCUCGCUGGUUUGGUACUCUGUACAGGCGUGGAUCGGCGGACAAUGCGUGUACGUCUGCCUUGAAGCCAUCUGGCCGAACCUGGAAGAAAGGAUCCCGAACCACAUCCACACCACGGGCCUCACGUCGGCGACAUUCCUCUGCUACAUGCUCUUCUGCCUCAUCUCGCUUCCCUUGAUCUGGAUCCGGCCGCACAAGCUCAAGGCGUUUCUCUACGCGGGCGUCGCGUGCAUCCUGGUCUUCGAGGUCGUGCUGCUGAUCUGGGCGCUCGCCACGAUGGGCCCCGAGGGUUUCGGCGACACCAUCUCGUCGAAGCCCGCAACCCAGGAAAAAUCCAUCGGCUGGACGAUCCUGUACGGCAUCAUCAGCUCGAUCGGGGGCAUCGCCGCGGGGAUCCUCAACCAGUCCGACUAUGCGAGGUUCGCUCGCCGCCCGCGCGACGCCGUCUACGGCCAACUCGCCAGCGCGGCGACGUACAGCAUCAUCUCCAGCGUCAUAGGCAUUCUGGUCACGGCGGCCACCCAGAAGAGAUACGGUGAGGCCCUGUGGAGUCUGCCGGACCUGCUGAUCGCCAUGAUGCACGCUGGCCGCGGUCGAAGUCGGGCUGCGGGUUUCUUUGCCGGCGCCGCGCUCGUGGUUUCACAAUGGGGCAUCAAUAUCCCUGGUAACGCGUUGAGUGGCGGGUUCGACUUGGCCGCGACGUUCCCGACGUUCAUCAACAUUCGAAGGGGCGCGUAUAUCACGGCGUUGUUGAGCAUGGUGGUCAACCCGUGGCAGUUGCUGGCGAGCGCGAAUACCUUUCUCGCCGUGCUCAGCUCCUACGGUGUCUUUCUCGGACCCAUGAUCGGCCUUAUGAUCUCGAGUUAUUACAUUGUGAACAGGAGAAAGAUCAAGGUCGACGAUUUGUUCAGGGGGGAUAAGAGCAGUGUAUAUUGGUAUACCUGGGGCAUCAAUUGGAGGGCGCCAGUUGCGUGGGCCUUGGGCGUGUUUCCCUCCCUGCCGGGCUUCCUGAGCAACGUGAAUUCUUCGAUUAGCGUGUCGAUUGGUUGGACGAGAUUGUACUACAUCUCGUUUCUGGUGGGCUUCGCAAUCUCGGCGGUGGUGUUCAUCGCACUGCAUCAUUUCUUCCCGGCGCACGGUGUGAAAGAGUUUGUCGCCGGACCGGAGACAGCGGCACAGACAAUGCUGGAUGCCCAGUCGCGAUGGGAUGGCGAGACCGUGGCCAGCGAGAGCGUGCUACCAAAGGAUGUCCAGGACGUGGAGACGCUGCCGAAAGAUAUCUGAUUGCGCAGCCAAGAAGAAUGAGCGGUGAUGAUGAUGACGAUGAUGUUAUGAUGUUAUGACUUGAUGAGCGAAUGUGCUUAGUGGCGACCAUGAAG